CCCUGAGGCGGCUGCUCACAUUACAUCACUGCAACUUCAGCCGCGGCUCCAAGAAGUCAAUAUUAAAGGCUGGCGGUGCUCACCCGGUCGUCCCCUCGCCUGAGUCCUGGCAUUCCUGUGCCCCUGGGACCAUUUGGUCCGAACAGGACACUCCCUCUCCUGUGGCCUGUGUCAUUCCCGUAGUGAGCCCGUCACGUCUAAUCCCGGGGUUGCUGGCGUCCCUGGGCCACGGAGGAGCUGCAGGACGGAGCUUACGGGGUUCCUGGCCUAGUGGAUGAGGGGAAGCUGUAGAUGUGAUAGAUCUUGAUUCUGGCAUCUCCAGUCAGUUUUUAAACAGCAGAGAGAACCUAACAGCUUUGAAGACUUCUGCAGCCUUACACACAGCGGUAACCAUGCUACAGAGAUGAAAUGAUAGUGAGUCUCACCAGUGUACCCCAUGGGUCCCACACAGCUUGCUGCACAGGAUCAUGGGAAAAGGGUGGCAAGUGUAUUUGAAAUGGAGGAGGAAGGUUUUUCACUCUUCCAUGGCUCGGAGAUCCCCCCCGAGCAUGCAGAACAUCUACCCCUGAAGCGGAAGAAGGGUCCAGCCCCCAAGAUGCUGGGGAAUGAAGUGUGCAGUGUAUGUGGGGACAAGGCCUCAGGCUUCCACUACAAUGUGCUGAGUUGCGAGGGCUGUAAGGGCUUCUUCCGCCGCAGCGUCAUCAAGGGUGCCCAGUAUGUCUGCAAGAAUGGUGGCAAGUGUGAGAUGGACAUGUACAUGCGCCGCAAGUGCCAGGAGUGCCGGCUGCGCAAGUGCCAGGAGGCAGGCAUGCGGGAGCAGUGUGUUUUGUCCGAAGAGCAGAUCCGGCUGAAGAAGCUCAAGAAACAGGAGGAUGAUCAGGCUCGGACAGUGGUUGUGCGCCCAAACCCCCCAUCUCCGCCUAAUACCCUCUAUAAACUGACACCCGAGCAGUUAGGCAUGAUAGAAAAGCUUGUGGCAGCUCAGCAGCAGUGUAACCAGCGCUCAUUCACAGACAGGCUCAAAGUGACGCCAUGGCCUCAAGCUCCAGACCCUCAUAACCGUGAGGCACGGCAGCAGCGUUUUGCUCAUUUCACUGAGCUUGCAAUCAUCUCUGUGCAAGAGAUUGUGGACUUUGCCAAACAGCUGCCUGGCUUCCUGGAGCUCACCAGGGAAGAUCAGAUUGCUCUGCUGAAGACAUCCACCAUAGAGGUGAUGCUGUUGGAGACAUCCCGGCGCUACAAUCCUGAGACUGAAAGCAUCACCUUUCUAAAGGACCUGAGCUAUAAUCGGGAUGACUUUGCCAAAGCAGGCCUGCAGUUGGAGUUCAUUAACCCUAUCUUUGAGUUUUCAAAGGGAAUGAAUGACCUACAGCUCAACGAUGCUGAAUAUGCACUUUUAAUCGCCAUCAACAUUUUCUCUGCAGACCGACCAAAUGUGCAGGAUCAGUCCCUGGUGGAGAGACUGCAGCACACCUAUGUAGAGGCCCUUCAUUCUUACAUUUGCAUCCACAGACCAAAUGACCAUCUGAUGUUCCCUCGGAUGUUAAUGAAACUGGUCAGUCUUCGGACUCUAAGCAGUGUCCACUCCGAACAAGUUUUUGCCCUUCGACUACAGGAUAAGAAGCUCCCUCCUCUGCUCUCAGAAAUCUGGGAGGUGCAUGAGUGACUAUGGCUCCCAGGGCAGUGACCUGCUGAAGUAACACCAUCUUCCCCAUCCCUUGCUAACAUGAAGCCAGCCUCCCCGCUCCAAAGCACUGAACUGUGGGCUGGGGCUGGGCAGUGCAGCAUGAUGAGCCUGUGGUUUCUCUAAUGUGAUGAGACUGUGCAUAAGGCACCUGGGAGAGAUAAUAUGUUUUUGUAAUCUUUUGAUUUAGUGUCUCCCAGAAAUGGAUCACAUGUGAAACACCUGCAAAUAGUAGAGAUGAACAUCUCACCCCAAAUAUUUCUUCAAUGUCUGUCUUUUUUCUAAGUACAUGUUCUGGGGUUUUUGCCCCACCUAUCCUUUCCCUUCUCAUUGAUUCUGAAAGUGAAUUUGCAGGAACAUGUUAAACGUUCACUGAGAGCAUCCUAGCCCAAAAGGCUUCCCCAGGGUUCUUAGGCACGGGUCCCCUGUGUAUGUGGACUUGAGGAACUCAGGGAAGUUUAUGUGGAUGUGCUGGGGGUUUCCCUGUAUUCCCUGUAUUUAAAGUCUCUAUGAUGUGCUGCCCUUCACAAAGAUUCCCAGAGAAGAGGCUGUUGGUGGCAUUCCGUCUUUUUGAAGCUUCAUUUCUAGAGCUGUCUUUUCAUUCUGGCCCUCCUUUGGCAAGUAGAUCCCUGGAAUGUGCAGUGCCAUUUACUGAAACUUAUUAUGCGGACAUCUUCUAUGUACCAUAGAGAUACUGUGGAUCAUCUAGCUGUCUUUUUUUAAUAAGUUGCCUAUCACUAUAGUAUCUUUUGGUUUGCUAGCAGGUGAAAGCAAUGACUUUAAAAAAACAUGGAAUAGAUUUUGUGUAGGAGAAGAGAAGGAAUGGAAGCAUCGGUGACUGGGCAGUAGAGGUGGUGGAAAUAUAUCAAGAAGCACCACAAUUUUAGUAUAUUUAGGGGGUUCCAGUGAGAGUGAAGAUUAUCAGAUGGGGACAGAGAAUGCACUGUAUUUAUAGCAUCUUAGCAGGCAUUGCCUAACCUAUGGGCUGCACAACUCUCUCAGAACCCUGUCUACAGGAAUAUUGAGCAUAACCAGCUCUGCCCAAGUGUUCUCCCUUAAGGUCUUUCCAAGUGUAUGGUCAUUUGUUAGUGAUUAGUGGGAUGUGGAGGUAUCUCUGUAUGAUGAGUACCCUCCUGCCCUUGUAUAUGUAACAGGGUUAAAAAAAGAACUAGAUAAAUUCAUGGAGGAUAGAUCCAUUAGCCAGGGUGGGCAGCGGUGAUGUCCCUAGCCUCUGUUUGCCAGAAGCUGGGAGUGGGUGACAAAGAAUGGAUCACUUGAUGAUUACAUGUUCUGUUCAUUCCCUCUGGGGCACCUGUCGGAAGACAGGAUACUGAGCUAGAUGGGCCUUUAGUUUGACCCAGUAAGGCUGUUCUUAUGUACUUCUUAAACCCUCUUCUCUCCACUUUAUGCAUGGUAAGAUCACCAGUGACCCCUUGAUACAUAAGUAUUUUAGUAUUUAGAGCAAUAAUUUGACAAAACAGAAAAGUGUCAUUGCAAAAUGUGUUUCUCAUUCUGCAAAAAACAACAAACAGUAUUUGAUCCAGAGAUGUAACCCCAAGUCCCCUGGUUUUCAUGUAUUUUGUCUCUAACAAGAAUCUAUGUUUUGCUUGCCCAGUGAGCAUCCCAAGAGGUUGGGUUCACAAGGCUCGUAGUUUUGGGCUGUGUAUGUGAGCACCAGGCCUGUGGCAAGGGCUUUUUUGUCCAUUUUGCACUCAAGGUUGGUCCCCUGACUCUAGCCUUCAUUCUGCACCUUUGUAAGCACUUGUAACAAUCUGUAAAAUAAUCUGUUAUUUUUUAUAACUCAUUGCAAUUGCAAAAUUCUUGUUUAAAUCUGUAUUUUUAACUAAUCUGUUUGAGAAAUGUUAAGGUUUAUACAAAAGAAUAAAGCCUAAUACAGGA